AUGUAUACUGCUGUAAGUCGUCAAGAUGUCCCUGAAAGCUGGUACCUCUGGGGUUGGCAUGCUCUGGCUAUCGCCUAUUGGGUCAAAGUAAAACUAGUCGUAGUGGGCUUCUUCGUCGGCAGCGCAGUAUUCGUCGCCCUACGGUAUGUCUGGCCAAAUAAAUGUUCUACUGGCAUUGUACACGACUCACCCACUAUUGUGUACGACCGCCCGCCUCCAUCAUUUGCUCACGAUCAUGUACCAUAUUCUCUCGACCAUUCGCCCCACUUCGAUCAUUCCUUUAGUAGUUCAGAUUCAGUUGAUCCUUACUCUGGCUACGCCGGUUCGUAUUCAGAAGAUAUAACUGCUACUGCAGAAGUGGUACCGCCAACAGGGCCAGGUACACAUCGACUUGGGCGACGAAGUACGUCACAGCAGCGGCAACAAACAGAGCGACCAAUGAAAAUGGAGGAAAGGAUUGCAGAAUUAAUGUUUGAGUUUUUGGGCUUGGAUUCACAAGCUUGUCGCCGACGCUUUAUUUGUGAAAUGGAGUUCCGUUCCCGUUUGAAUCCACUCAGCAACAUGGCUUUCCGUAUUGUAGGUCGUGGAUUUUUCGAAAAAUAUCUGAACGCAAGAAAUGAACAUGACCAAGCGCAUUCGUUUACAGAAUGUGCAGCAGUUAAUCCCGAGUGCGUUUUUAUCGAGCAAAACGUGGACGAAGAUAUUACAUCCGCAGGUCAAAAUGGGUUGAAACUACAGAGUGCGGCUGUUGAAACAGCUAAUAAAAUUGAUGGUAGUUCAGUGGAAAGCGAGAACGGAAUGAAUGAAGAAAGUCAAAAUGAAUCGAAUCUGCAAGCCGAACUUCGGCUUAAAAAAACAAUUUAA